AUGUUCCCGGGCGGAGGGGGCGGCGGUGGUGGGGAGUUUGCGGAUUGUUCUAGACCAGGGGUGGUUAUAGUGGUUCAAACGUUCCCGGGCGAGGGGGCGGCGGCGGUGCGCACGUCGCGGCGAGGCUGGUGGCGGGCGGCCGUCACUUUGUUUACAGUUGACUCCCAGGCCGGGGCGGGGGAGGCCGUGUGUGUGAUGGGCGCGGCCAGAUGGCUCGGUGAACCCAUGGGUGGAUGUAGGGGAGUGUUGUGGAGUGCGGGUGGGGUGUGGAGGUGGAGAGAGCUACUACUACUACUACUGCCACUACUGCUGCUACCCGACGUGCUGGCUGAUACAGGUUUUCUUGAGUCCAUCGAAGUCCAGCCUGACACGACAGAGGCGCCGGCAGUAGGUCCCGAGUUGGUGGAGGCGCCCGUCAACACAACAGUGGUGGUGGGGGAGCCCGCCAUCCUGAGGUGCCGCGCAACGGGAACUCCCCCACCGAAACUCGUAUGGCACGCGUACAGGACGGGGAGAGUGCGGACCGACCCUGCCCGUGGUAUUGCUGUUACUGACGAGGGGCUGAAGUUUGAGUCCGUGGGUAAGGAAGACGAGGAUCAGUACCGCUGCACCGCCCGGAGUACCGCGGGGCCCCAACACUCUGCCUGGGUCUACCUCAAGAUUCUAGGUAAGAAUUUGGACCCAACACCUGCCUGCUACCUUAAGUAUUGAGAGUGAAAGUGAGAGUGAGAGUGAGAGAGAGGGAGAGGGAGAGAGAUAGAGAAAGGGAGAGAGCAAAACAACGCAGUAUCA